AUCACUCUGAGUGGUGAUGGGACAACACAUCACCAUGUGAACUAUGAGUCAAAGUGUGCCAUCACAACGCAGUUCACACCUUCGCCGGCCACCAAAUCACCGGAUAUGCAGUCUUCGGGUACCUACACCACGCAACGGUGGUUUCUUGGCAUCAGCUCUGCCGGAUCUCAUACCGCUCAGGCACAGCACGAGGGCUGGAUUGGCUCGCUUGAGUCUAUGCACGCAAUCCAGAACAGUCGACCAUCGGCACAGUCUGCUCCGAAGAAGCUUGUGGUCCGGGAUCUUGCCCGAGUGCUCUUCGGAUAUGCGUGCGAUCACUCGAAUGAUCAGUUUGCUCUGGUCAACCGUUGGAAAGACUGGAAAGCACUGAACUCGCGCUUGAGUCUCGGAGAAGAUGUGUUUCUACAUAAGUCAACCGAUGACUUUGCUGCAUCAGUUAUGGAUCUGCUCAAUACCAAGAUCACGCGUGUGGGUGGGUGGGAGGCUUGGCAAGCUUUGUCCCCAGUUGAGCAGGCAAAGCACGACACGGAUGUAUUCCAGGAGAUGUGUCUCCGGCUCGCUACCGGUGCAUACGAUGCUCUCUCACCUGAAGACAGGAAUAGCUUCGACUUCUUUGCUCGUGCAGGAUGCUGUAUGCAUAAGGAACUCAAUGCCUUUAAAGGUGGGAACACAGCCAUGAUGGCAAUGUGGGUGGACCGUGGAAUUGAGCCACCAAUGAAGCUCCUCAAUGUCUUUAAUGCCGCAUCUGCUUCGACGGGAUCUGCAGCGGAUCAACAACGCGCUAUUGACUGCUCCACGUCUGGUGGCGUGAAACUUGUACAACUUUGUGGUGCUCUGUUCAAUCAUAAGGACGACAAGAAGGGAUAUCACGACACCUUUAGCUGGUGGCUCGAGGCUCGCUCUGGCUAUCGACUAGUCUUUCCGGAUACCAGCAACACACGCUAUGGCUCCUAUGGCAAUGGCGCAGGAUUCUCUUUGUGGAAACGGCAUGCAAUCUUGACAGUACUUGAGGAGCUGCGGGAUGCCAAGGGCAGCCGUACAUUCACAAACCUUGAGAAGAAUGUUUAUCAUGCACUUCAGGAUGUUCCGACACUGACUGAGCUCGCUGUUGAGGCUUUGUACUAUCAAGCUAUAUCUGUGCCUUACAUGCAACAUGUUCGCGGAGCUACUGUAAGAACCCCUAGAUCGUGGUACCUUAGGCGGGUACCGAACCGUCGUGGUAGUUAG